AGGGGAAAAAUUGGGCUUUGGUUCCUAAAGGAUGGCUGUGGGAUUUCUUUGAAGAAGAGGGUACAAGGAGACACUUUUAUUACACACUGUACUGUUUCCUAUAAACUCUUUAUAAGCCAGACUUUAACAAAACACCCCGCUAAACUUCCUGGCAGCUCUUUUUUCUCUCUUUUCCUAUUUUCCUUUCACUGUUGUUUUCUUUUCUCCCCAGUCCAGCUGCAGCUGAGCGCAGAGAGCGUGGGGGUGGUGCACAUCAGGAGCACCCAGUCGGGGCAGUACCUGGCCAUGGACACCAACGGGCUGCUCUACGGCUCGCAGUUACUGGGUGAGGAGUGUCUGUUCCUGGAAAGGCUCGAGGAGAACCAUUACAACACCUACGUCUCCAAAAUGCACGCGGACAAGAACUGGUUUGUGGGGCUGAAGAAGAACGGGAACAGCAAGCUGGGCCCGCGGACUCACUACGGCCAGAAGGCGAUCCUCUUCCUGCCCCUGCCCGUCUCGGCCGACUGAGCCCGGCCCCGGAGCUCGGAGAGACCCCAAACCCCGAAACCCAGCUGCUGCUGCCUCCUUAGGGCUCAUCAGAGCUCCGAGCUUUAGGGCAAGGCUUUGCCAAACCUCGCCAAAGCAGAGCCCCUUCGCUCUGCACGAAGCUUUGCGGAGACGAGGGGACGAGCCCUGACAGCCUCCCGAGGUCCUUGGGGCUCCAUGUCCCCCUGCCCUCAGCCGUGUGCCCGUGUGUGCCAUGACCCUCAGCUGUGUGUGCCAUGUGUGUGUGCCAUGAUCCUUGGCUGUGUGUCCAUGUCUGCCAUGUGUGCCAUGACCCUCAGCUCUGUGCCCAUGUGUGCCAUGUCCCUCAGCUCUGUGCCAUGACCCUCAGCUGUGUGUGCCCAUGUGUGCCCUGACCCUCAGCUGUGUGCCAUGACCUUCACCUAUGUGUGACAUGUGUGCCAUGACCCUCAGCUCUGUGUCCGUGUGUGCCAUGACCCUCAGCUGUGUGUGCCCAUGUGUGCCCUGACCCUCAGCUGUGUGCCAUGA